AUGUACCUAUUUCCAUUAUAUUUACUUUUAUUAGUAUUUCUUAAUAAUCAAAUCAAUGCUGAAAACAAUUUAUCACCAACUUAUCAACAGUUAGCAUCAUCAUAUUGUUUUAUUAACGAUUAUGCCACUUGGUUAGAACAACGAGAAUCAUUAAAUUAUUUUUUAGAAUUUGCUCGAUUAUUUGGUCUGGCUACGAAAGGUAUUGAACAAGAGAUUAAACGGUAUCGUUUACAAUAUGAAUGUUUAAAAAAACUUGAACAUCAUCCAAUGAACACUAAACAAGAGUAA